UUCUUCUCCCGUGACUUCGCUUCUGUCCAAUUUCCUUUGCUGAGAAUUUUUUCUGCGUUUCGAACGUUUCAGUGUUAAGCUUAGAAUGCGGAUUCUUUUUCCUUUUCUGCGCAAAUAAUCCAAGUAAUCAAUUGUUGAAGUUACGGGACUGGAAAUCUUUUAUCUGUCUCCGUUAUUAGCAAUGGGAAGAGGAAAAUUCAAGGCGAAGCCCACCGGUCAACGCCACUUCUCCACCCCUGAACAGAUGCUUGCUGGUACAUCAACUCGUCCUCGCACUUUUAAGAGGCAAGAAGCUGAAUACAAGGCGGAGGAAGAAUCAGAUGAUGAAUCUGAACAGGAGUCUGGAGAAGAAUCUGAUGACGAAACUGAACAAAAGCGCAAGGGGACUCAAGGUGUGAUUGAAAUCAACAAUCCUAAUUUGGUGAAGCCAAAGAACUUGAAAGCUAAGGAUGUCGAUGCUGGGAAAACUACUGAACUUUCAAGGCGUGAAAGGGAGGAACUAGAAAAGCAGAGAGCCCAUGAACGAUACAUGAGGCUGCAGGAGCAGGGCAAAACAGAACAAGCAAGGAAAGAUUUGGAACGCCUAGCUCUUAUUCGUCAACAGAGAGAAGAAGCUGCUAGAAAACGAGAGAAGGAGAAAGCCUCGAGGGAGCAGAAGAAGGUUGAUGGUCGAAAAUGACAUUUCUUUUUACAUACAGCAAGUGUUUCUUCCAAUAGAUGAUUAUAUGUGUACUUUCUACAAUUUAGCUGGCAAUUGAUUUAUAUUCAAAGAUUCUUCUUUUUUAUAUUAUUUUUCUUU